AUGCGCACGGCCCAUGACACGGUCACAAUCCGUCAAGUCGACUCAGCCCCAAACCAACGUUUCGUUGGGGAACCCUUCCGAGCUACGCGGACAUGGAAUAGCUUCAGACUCGAGUACGGUAUUCUUUAUGGUUACCGUGCCUCGGACUGGAAGGAGCAUUCAGAGCGCAUGGACCACCUUGUUGGCAAGGAGCUCUCAUCUUUUUCUUUCAUUCCUCCACCUGUGUGA